AUGCUAGGCUGCAGUAGCCUGCCUAGAGCUCUGUCUGUACGAAAAGCUCAUCUGCAUACAUCGCGUACAGUACGGAGCCAGAUUUCUUCUGUAGUGGAUGUUCUUGAAGCACGCAAGCUUGUGCAAGCAACUACAUCUCGUGCACUCAAAGACCAUUUACAAACAAAACACGCGACGAGCACAUUUCUACCUCGAACAAUAUACUCGGGAGUGGAUCCCAGUGCUAUAAGUCUGCACGUAGGAAACCUGCUGCCUCUCAUUGCGUUGUUACACUGCUCACUCCAUGGCCAUAAUUCGCUGGUGCUAAUCGGUGGAGCAACAGGGGCCAUUGGUGAUCCGUCAGGCCGCUCGACAGAGCGCUCCGCCUUGGAUAUGGAACAAUUAAAUAAGAAUGUGAUGGCCAUUCGCACACAAUUAUACCAAUUUUUCCACAACGCAGCUGCCUACCUGAGUCGUCGCGGCCUGAUUCAUGCUACGCCCGUUAUGUUCUCCCCAGAGGUCAGCGAGGUGGGUGAGCCAUUGUUUCAAGAUUCGUUAAAUAUCCAAAUUUUGAACAACUACAACUGGUUCAAAAAUGUCUCCAUGCUUGAGUUUCUCUCUGGGGUAGGACGAUACGCUCGUGUGAAUGACAUGUUGGCCCGCGACAGCGUCAAAUCGCGGCUUUUCCCCACCAAUGGAAGCAUAGCCGGCAUUUCAUUCACAGAGUUCUCUUAUCAACUGAUGCAGGCACAUGAUUUUAGUGUGCUUCACAAAGACAAACAGUGCUCUGUGCAGCUUGGCGGCUCUGAUCAAAUGGGCAAUAUCAUGGCUGGUAUCGACUUGAUUCGACGGCAACGUGCAGCGCAAGCUGAUAGCACAGCCAAUCCCAACAUGAGGGAGGAGCCUGCUUAUGGGUUGACGCUCCCUCUUCUCACAACAGCAUCCGGUGCCAAGUUCGGUAAAUCGGCAGGGAAUGCUGUAUGGAUUUCCUCGUCCCUGCUCUCAGACUUUGACUUUUAUCAGUACUUCAUGCGUAGUGCGGAUGUUGAUGUGGAACGAUACUUGCUCUCUCUCACUUUGCUCCCUAUUGAAAAAAUCGAGCAGAUUAUGGCAGAGCAUGCGCAAGACCGCUCUAAACGCAUUGCUCAGCGUUGGCUUGCUAGUGAGAUGACUGAAUUAGUUCGUGGAGAGAAAGCCUUGCAAAAAGCUACGCUGGCCACAAAUGUGCUCUUUAAUACAGACCUCCAGUCUUUAACGCUCGAUCAAGUUGAAUUUGCUUUUGAAAACGAUCCACGCUUAGUAUACCUCAAGGAACCCGUGGAAGAUGUAAUUCAGCUAGCGACAGAAACGAAACUAGUUGCAUCCCGAAGUAUGUAUUUACACUACUUUUACACUAACAAAUUUACAGGUGAAACACGUCGCUUCAUCCAGCAGAAGAGUGGUUUGUAUCUUAAUAACAAAUCGGUGACAGAUGUACACGCAAAAGUUAGCCAAGAUGAGCUCCUGCAAGGAAGGUUUAUUGUGAUGAGAGCCGGUCGUUCCAACCACAAAAUUAUUGUUUUCCCACAUUAA